CUUGAACAAUUAAAAAAAAACAAAAAAAAAUGGCGAGUACAAAGAUCAUGGAAUUUUUUAAAACUUCCAAUAGAAAAUAUAAAAUUAAUACCAUAGGAUUAAUAAUGAGAAAUGCACACGAUAUAACUUCAAAAUCUGCUAAAAAAAUUACUCAUACUGGUCAGAUAUAUGAUGAAGAUGAUUAUCGCAAUAUACGAUUUGUAAAUAGACCAAAAGAGGUUAAUGAUAAUUGGGCCAUAAAAUUGAUAGCAGAAGUUUCUCCUACAUCAGCAAAAGAAAAAAUUGUGGCGUGUGAUGGAGGUGGUGGACCUUUAGGACAUCCAAAAGUUUAUAUUAAUCUGGAUAAACCUGGUGAUCAUACUUGUGGAUAUUGUGGUUUACGCUUUUAUAAAGAAGAUCAUUAAAUAAAUGCAAUAUAUACAUAUAUACAUAGUUAAAUUGUAAAUUAUUAAUUUAUUUUAUGUAUAUUUAUGGUAAUAAAUAUUAGAAAUAUGUAUAUAGGA